UCCAGCCAGGCAGAACAUCGUCAUCUACUCAAAACAAGUCAAUGAAUUAUGGCGUUUCCUAAGAUAAAUCGGAGUACAGUUUUCGUAGUAUUUAUGCUGAUUGUCACUUGCUCCAGCUCUGUGUUUGAAUGGAAUCAAGGAAUUCGGGACCGAAUACAUGCAAUAAAUGCAGCGGAUGAAGUCCACCAAGCCCAAGGGCAAUUUGACUCUGCUGAUGAGAAAGUGAAAACAAACGUUGAGGGACGUGAAAGAAGAAGAGUUCCCAGGGACGUCGACCUAGGAGGAGGAGGCACAUCUUCGUCAACAGAUUCUUUGUGUCUCAUCAAUGAUGCUCAAGCACAGCUUAAAAAACAUACUCAAGUUUAUCAGUUUAAUGACAGUAACUUCAACUUGGCAAUGAUAUGGACUGGAACUGAUGGCAAGGAGCUAUUGGCCCUAACUACAAUGGAGUAUGGAUUUUUUGCAGCCCAGUCCAAGCUGUGGAUAAGUAAAGACUUUGGUGUAACCUUCCAUAGCAUCAAUGAUCUGAUAGACGGAGCCAUUAUAAGAUCUUCCAAUGGAAUCUUUAAGAGUUCUCUCGACCCCCAGAAAAUUAUUCUAGUAUCGUACAUGGAGGAUAUGGCGCAGACUCAGACUCGCUUGUACAUCACAGAAGAUGGUGGACAAACAUUCCAGAAAAAGGUUGCUUCAUUCUACUUAGAUGGAGCUAUCAUAUUCCAUGCUACAGACCCCAAUAAGCUAUUGGCACAUUCGCCAUAUCAAGAGUUUUCGGUUUGGAUUUCUGAUGACUUUGGUAAAAGUUGGACAUCAGUACGAAAGAAUGUGAUGAUUUACUCAUGGGGAACAGUAGACAUGGAACCAGGCACUCUGUUUGUUGCAACAUUGGACAAUGCAGAGAAACAGAAUGAUGAAUCUCCUUCAUACACGAUGUUGAGGUCAACAGACUAUGGCAAGUCUUUCAAAAAAAUAAAGGAUGACAUUUACAGCUUUGGAGUGCAGGGAAAAUUUGUGUUUGCAGCAAUGGAUGGGUUGCAGGGUGAUAACAGUAGACUGCUGUAUGUGUCUAAGGAUGAUGGCAGUACAUGGAACCCAACACAACUACCUAUAGUUAACAAUGAUAGGUUCUUUUCUGUGUUGGACAUGAAUGAAGGCAUGGUAUUUAUGCAUGUGGACAACGAGGGAGAUACUGGUGCUGGAACUCUCUACACAUCUGAUGCAGAUGGGAUUGUUUUUUCAGUCUCACUGGAACAACAUCUGUUCCCUGAAGGUUCUACAAUUACUGAUUUUUACCGAGUGACGUCAGUUCGUGGUGUUUACCUAGCUAGUCAAGUAGAGAGUACCGACCAGAGUGUACAUACAGUCAUUACGUUUGACCGAGGUGGGGUGUGGCAACCAGUCAAGGCUCCCAAAGGUUCCAAGUGUAAAGAUUCUGCUACGUCUUGUAAUCUCCAGAUUCAUAAUCACUACAGUCAGUUCAAAGGAGUGAAUGCUCCGUCUGCUCCACUCAGCCAGCCUAAUGCAACUGGACUCAUACUAGCUCAUGGAAACGUAGCUGAUUCUUUGGAGACCCAUGCACCAGAUGUAUUUGUAUCCAACGAUGGGGGUUAUAAUUGGACUAGAGCUUUAGUGGGACCCCAUCAUUACACAAUAACCAACCAUGGAGGCCUGCUACUUGCUAUACCUGCUGAAAAGGAUUCUACAAACACUAUCAAGUUUUCUUAUGAUGAGGGUCAUUGUUGGAAUGAAUAUGAGUUUUAUUCUGAACCAUUGACCAUCACUGGACUACUACCCGAACCAAGCGCCAAGUCACUUAACAUCAGCAUCUGGGGAUUCGGACCUCAAGAUCGCAAAUGGAGAGUAAUCACUGUGGAUUUUAGUGCUAUAUUAACAACAGAAUGUAAAGCAUCAAACUUGAUAGAAUGGGUUCCCCAUGAGUCCAAUAACCAAAAAGGCUGCCUUCUUGGAUUGAAAGAAACCUUUGAGAGAGUGAAGCCAGAUUCAAGAUGUCGUCUGAGCUAUUCUCAUCAAAACACACCCAAGCGCUCUGAGCCGUGUCUCUGCAAUAAAGAUGACUAUGAAUGUGACUUUGGGUUCAGUCGUGACAUUGCCAGUGAUGAAUGUGAAGUCAGCCCUGGUAUAGAUCCUUCAAACCUUGAUAUCUGCAUAAAUGGAGUGGAGGAGCAAAUCACUACAUGGGGGUAUCGUAAGAUUCCUGGCGAUGUGUGUGUCUACGGCUUUGAGCCAGAGCGGAGCUUUAAUAAACUUCAAGAGAAAUGUAAAAACGUUAGUUCAGCUAACCAGGAGGGUGCACCUAAGACAGCAGCCAUUGUGAUGAUUCUACUGGUUCUUGUUCUGUUCUCCGGAGGUCUGCUCUUUCUUCUACACAGACAUAAUAAGCUGCCCUGCCAUAAACAAAACUUGGAGUCGUAUCGCUACUCUCAGCUCAGUCAAGGAGAUGCCCUGGACAAGAUUAUUGAUUUAGAAACUCAACCUACAUUCCAUGACUCAUCAGAUGAGGAAAUGCUCGAGUAGCUGGUUUUAUAUUGAGUAGUCGUUCUGCUCUGCAAGAUGAGAUGAGUGGAUGAGUGCCUUCCAACGCUCACUGCACUAGGUACAACUCAAAACUCAAGACUCGUUAAAAUAAGGUAUCUGUCAAGGCCCAGUGAGAAACUCAAACGUAUUGUUAAUAUCUGGUAUUCAUCAAUACUCAAAACACUCAGAGGAACUCAGGGUGUUAUCAACACAACAUGUAGUACUCAUUGAGCAACUCCAAGAUAUCUAUCGCUACUCAAGACUCAUAAAACCGCUACCCACCACUUACAAUAGACUCAUGAUCAUCAUCGUGAGUUUGGACUUAUUUAUCAAUGUUGAAGCUAAAAUGGUCAGUUCUGGUUAAAUUAAAUGCAAAACAAAGUAACACUGUUGCAUUACUAUUGGCCGUAAAUUUAUAAUGUUUUUUUUUUUUUUUUUUAACAAGUAAACAAUUUGUGCCUUUUCUCUUUCUAAUAUGCUAAAGAAACUUGGUGGCCUAUUUUUGAAAGUAAAUAUCAAACUAGUUGCCUAAAGGUUGAGGCCGCUUCGGUAGGUUAGUGGAUUACCACAUUACCCCAUGGAUAACCUUUACUUAUUCACUGAAUCUAAUGAUUAUAUUUUUGUGCAAUUCUGUUGGUGUGUGAGGGGUGUAAUAUCAAAUAAUGGAAGAGUUUGCACACAAAAUCAAUGUGCCUUUUCUAAUGUAUGUAUGGUGCAAUGAUUAGUCUAACAGAAACUUAGAGGUAUCAAGGUAUAAACCUACAUGGGAAAAUAACUGGGUAAAUUUUUUACUAAUUUUGUGUCGAACAAAGAAAACUGACUUUUCCCAAAAUUAUUACCAGCUAUAGACAUAAAAUUAUAGAAAUGUAUUUGGGUUUUGAAAUGGCCGGCUGUCACAAUUCAAGACUCAGCGAGGAUGAAAUGUAUUGUUAAUAUCUGUACUUAUUGGUUGAGUUGGAGCGCUGUGUUCUUGACCAAAGUUCACUGUUCUCACGCCCAAACUAUGAGGGCAUGACCUGAGAACAAUACACUCAGAACAAGAAUAAGGCAUACUCACUUCAGUGAAGAUGUUCACUUUACCAAUUCCAAUUUAUGGAUGAAAAAUGGAGAAAAAACUCACAAAUUGUUCAUUGACAUUUCGUCACUACACUAGUGGCUUCAUGUCGGACUGGGAACUCAUCACAGAUGGUUUGCUCCUUUAACAGAAUAUCAGAGACAACUAUGGAGGGUGCUCAGCACAAGUCAUUUGAAUAAAUGCAUGAUAACCGAAUGUGAAUAUCACUUAUUGCACUUGUAUUAUAGUUGUGUUCAAAUAUUACAGGCCCUAGGCCUACUAGAUUAAUAGUGGAGUAGUCGGCCAUUUUGAAAGGGGGGAGUGCGUUACUUGCUUUUAUAAAAACAAUAGUUAAUGGCCUGAUGUUUCGACCCUAGCAGAGUCUUUCUCCAAGCAGAGUCUUUAAAAAAAAGAGCAAAGCCCUCGCUUUCUGGGGGCUUUCUGACUCUCCCUCUCUCCAUUCAUGUGUUUCCACUUCACUGCUUUUGUUUCACUUAGUGACCUGUUCUUGUUUGUUGUGUUGUCAGUAAGCCUCCGAGGAGGACUUUGCUAGGGUCGUAACGCAUUAGGCUAUUACCUAUUUUUUGCAUUCAAACCACGUUGGUCCUUUUGGUUGGUAAGCAGGUUUUUUUUUCUCACUUGUUAAUAUUAACACAGUUCAUCAAUACUGUGCACCUUGUUGUGUUCCAUAUACAUGUAUGGGGUAUGGACAUGGCUCUAGAUUGUUCAACUUCAAUCAUUUUGUGGUUUUGCGAUUGGGAGUUUAAAAAGUGAUGAAUUCGCAGUUAUUAUGACCUUGUGAGAGCGUGAUUGAAUUUAUAUGAUGCACAUCAAACAAAUCAACUGUUUUUUCAUUGGUUUUGUCAAUAUUAUCUAUUUGGCCAUUGAUACAAGAAAGUAACAUACAGGCAGUCAAUAUAGAAUGUGAUGCAAGCAAUUUCACUGCGGAAAGCACCCUCACUCAGUCAAAAAUAUUUUCAAUCGAUUUUAUUUUGAAUUCAUUGGUUUUUUUUUUUAUCUAAUAAGGGCGUGUUUAAACAUUUUGAAGGAUAUAGUUUGUAAAUACAUGUAAUAAACUGAUACAGCAAUUCUUGUAGGUCUGAAGGUGGAAUCGGCUUUAACUUAAUACAAUUUUAAUACAAUUUUUGUUCUCUCUUUUUUAAACACUUUAGGAAGAUGCUUAGCAUUACAUCAAUAAUCCUUAAGUUCAUUUGUUUUUUUAGCUUGUGUUGAAAUACAGGUCUUCAAAUUGAAAUGCUUGAAUGUUUGGUAUUGGUUGUAGCUCACUGCAUGUGUUUCUUAAUUUAUGUACAUCAAUUUCACAGUUUUAUUUUAAUUGUCUGAGACAGUUAAGUUUGUCGAUGGGAUCAGUCGCUUCCAUAUUGUUUGAUUGAGGCUUUGCAUGGUGUGGAUACAUAGGAAGAAACUAUUUCUCCUGAAAACGAGUAUACUAUUUGAAACGCCAUGACCACACCGGCUCUUUUCAGAGUCGACACUCCCUCAAAAGAAGUUUACGCAUGGUUGUACCCGCAAGUUCACUAUUUAUUUAAAGUUUCUUCCAUUUUGGUUUGGGGACAAUAUACAUUUACUAAUUGAAAUUCAUUUAGAAAAAUUCAUAAAGAAUGUAAUGUUUUUAAAUAGCUGUGUCGGUGAAGGGCAAAUAUUUAGUAAUAAUUGAGUAGAACGCAAUAUUUGCUUCGAGCAUUGAUCCUGUAACUAACCAUUUGUUUGUUUGUUUGUUUGUUGGAAUGAUCUUCCCAUCAAGGGAACUCCCACAAAGGGAUAUAACUGUAU